GUAUUAGGUAUGAAAAGAUUGAAAAGAAAAGAGAAAAAGAGCACAUUAAAAUAACUCAAAAGCAGGAUUUCUUCUCUCUCCUUGUAAAAAGCUUCCGGAAUUGUGUAGGUGGUGGUGGUGUUCCGGUGGAGCGGUGGAUUCUCCCUCUCUUUCUCUCUCUCAAACCUUGCUUCCGAAGAAAACCUGAAAAACUUCCUUUCACGGAUUACAAUAUAAUCUUAUCGAUCGCAGUUCUUACAUUUUUUCAGCUCCUUUCACAUCAGAUGAGAAGGGAUUCGGUGGAGUAAUUUCACUAGGUCUAUCGCAUCGUGUAAUGAUCAUAUCAAGACUAGAACUUGGAAUGGAGGAGACAUCAACAUCAAACAGUAUUAGCAAUCGGCAUGCAAAGUUGUUAACGGGUUCUUGGUUGACCCAAUUCCGCCAUGGAUCCAAUCCGUGGAUGGCAAGAUAUGUAUACAGUCUCAUGUUUCUUUUAGCAAAUUUGCUCGCGUGGGCUGUUCGUGAUUAUGGACCUAGCGCAUUGACCGAAAUGAAGAGAUUGAAAAGUUGUCAAGGUGGUAAAGAUUGUUUAGGCACAGAAGGAGUUUUGAGAGUGAGCAUGGGAUGUUUUAUAUUUUAUUUAACAAUGUUUCUUUCAACCGCUGGUACCUCAAAGUUACAUGUACGAAAAGAAUUAUGGCAUUCUGGUUGGUGGUCCGCUAAAAUUUUCCUCAUGAUUGCGCUAAUUGUGUUGCCAUUUUUUCUUCCUACACAAAUGAUUUUAAUAUAUGGAGAUGUAGCACAUUUUGGUGCAGGGGUCUUUUUACUAAUUCAACUAAUAAGUAUAAUUAGUUUCAUUACAUGGCUCAAUGAUUGUUGUCUCUCCGAAAAAUAUGCCGUCAGAUGUCACAUCCAUUCCAUGUUGCUUGCAACUGUCGCAUACAUCGUAUCGAUUCUAGGAAUCAUUUUGAUGUACAUUUGGUACACGCCACAACCGAGCUGUCUACUCAACAUUUUCUUCAUCACAUGGACACUCGUACUACUACAACUUAUGACAAGCGUCUCUCUUCACCCAAAAAUCAGCGCCGGAUUCUUAACUCCAGGUUUUAUGGGUCUUUAUGUCGUGUUCCUAUGUUGGUCUGCCAUCAGAAGUGAACCUCCAGAUGAUAAAUGUCUUAGGAAAUCUGAAGCCUCAAGAGACUGGCUAACCAUCAUAAGCUUUGUUGUUGCUGUACUUGCAAUUGUUAUUGCGACAUUUUCAACUGGAAUUGAUUCUAAAUGCUUUCAGUUCAAAAAGGAUGAAACACAAGAUGAAGACGCGGUGCCAUAUGGUUUCGGUUUCUUCCACCUUGUGUUUGCCACGGGAGCAAUGUAUUUCGCAAUGUUGUUGACAGGUUGGAAUUAUCACCACCCCAUGAAAAAGUGGACUAUCGAUGUUGGUUGGACGAGUACUUGGGUCAGAAUAGUAAAUGAGUGGCUAGCUGUCUGCGUUUACUUGUGGAUGUUAGUAGCUCCAAUCGUGUGGAAAAACAGACAAGUAGAACAACCCGCAUGAAACUCAUUUUCCACAUAAUUAUAUAUAUGCUGCAAAAUCUGGAUAAAAUCAAGAAUGAAGAAUGUAUAUCAGCGAUUGUAAUAAUUAAUGAUUAUGAUUAUGGCUUGUAAAUAAUCCUCCCAAAUGACAAUUAUUCUUUUCUCACAU